AUUGGCUGCCCGCCCGGCGUGCGGCGGCGGCGUCAUGUGCUCCGCGGGGACGCUGAGCGUCUUGCGCAGCGACUCUUACGUUGACCUCAGCCAGUACCGGGACCAGCACUUCCGGGGGACGCGGCGCGACCAGGAGCGGCUGCUGAGGAAGAGCUGCACGCUGUACGUGGGGAACCUCUCCUUCUACACCACGGAGGAGCAGAUCCACGAGCUCUUCGGUAAGAGCGGCGACAUCAAGAAGGUCAUCAUGGGGCUGGACAAAGUGAAGAAGACCGCCUGCGGCUUCUGCUUCGUGGAGUAUUAUGCAAGAGGAGAUGCUGAAAAUGCCAUGCGAUACAUCAACGGAACCAGACUUGAUGAUAGGAUCAUAAGGACAGACUGGGAUGCAGGAUUUAAGGAGGGUAGACAGUAUGGUCGUGGAAGAUCAGGGGGCCAGGUGCGCCAUUUAUUGAUCCUUCUAGGACUAAUAUUUUUCAAUUAGGACAGUACUGAACCACAACUUGUGUUAUUUCAGGGUGAACAGUACCAGCCCUUUCAGCCUCUCCUUGUAUGACAGGUGCUCCAGUCCCUCAAUCAUCCUUGUGGCCCUUCACUGGACUCACUCCAGUGUGUCCCUGUCUCUUGCAUUGGGAAGCCCAGCACUGGACCCAGCACUCUAGAUCUGGCCUCACCAGGGCUGAAGGGAGGGGAAGGAUCACCUCCCUUUACCCACUGGCACCACUCUGCCUAAUGCAGCCCAGGAUACUGCCAGCCUUCCUUCUGAUGAGUGAACAUUGCUGGUAUUUCUUUGCUAGAGCCUUCCAUUCUUGACAAAUUUCCAACGUGUGUCAGGGCUGCAGAGUUAUUCCUCUGUUUUUUUCAUGGCUUUUUUUUGUUUUGUUUUGUUUUACAUAAACAUGAUUAUGGUUAAAAAUAGUCUUAUAUCCGACAACAUUGCAGUGUAGGCCUAGAGUAUGCACAGUAAAGACUCAGCUUAAACUGCGCAGUUAAAGAAAAUUCAAAACCACAGAUUGUUUGUGAUGUGAUUCUAUUUAUAUUUCAACAUUGGUAAAAUAUUUACUGUUCUUUUAUGGUUUUACUUGGGUUUAGAAAGCAAGAAAAAGAUUCAGUUUGGAGAAUACUGGAAACUUUUCAUUAGAACUGUUGAAAAAGCCUACCUUUUACAAAUGUCAAAAUGUACCUGAGUCAUCCAUAUAAUAUGUUUUUAUUUCUUUUUGUGGUUAUUCCUCCUUCUGGUUUUCUGUAAGAGCUAUUUCAUAACUGAGGAAUUGGCUCCAAAGAGCUACAAUGGCAUCUUUGCAAAUAUGUUAUCAAUCAGUUUUGCACGUGGAUUUUCUAUGUUUUUUGAAAGCAAUGCUAAAAUUUGAAGCAUUGCCACUUGUUGCUGAAUCUUUGCUUCCUCAUUGUGUUUUCUUUCGGUGCCUCUGCCCUACCAGCUUACCUGCUUGCACAAUAUCCUUUCCUGCUUAAAUUUGUCCCAUAUAUUCUUUGGCUUAUAUUCCAAGCUGCAUGGCUGAUACAUCAUGUUCAAUUGCUCUUCUCUGCAGCUAUGUAGUUUGACCAGAGGUGCUAGUGAGUGCCUUCUGUGGAGGAGGCACAGGAAAGCUGCAUAUCACUGCCCUGCUGGGAUUUAACUCUGUGAUUGUCAGAGCUACCAAAUGUGUGCCAUAUUCUGCCUUGGAGUAACAAUUUUAAGUUAGCUGGGGUAAUGCUAAACAUCAUUGGAGCUGCUGGGUCCUGUGACCUACCACUCAACUGUAUUUGUAACUCUGUGUUUGGUUGCCUGCGGUGUUACAAAGAGCCUUCCUAAUAGUCAAUGGUGCUGAGUAUCAACAAUUCACCUUGCAGUCAGUGUGAGGCCUGUGAUAUCUUCCCAAAUAAUACAGUUACAGUCAGGAUAGUCCCUGGGUGGUGUUUAAUACUUAGUUAAAAUUAGCCAAAAUAUUUUAUAUUCCAAGUAAUAUAUUUUCCUGCCCUUUGUGACGUGUUUGUCACUGGCUGGUAUGUUCUGCUUGCAUCCUGUUCUGUUUUCAGUAAUACUGAUUAUCCUUCCCCUAACUUCUGUUGCAAACCAGAAUGACAUGUCUUUUUCCUGGUACGUGCUACUUUCACACAUGGGUUCAGUUUCACCAGUGAUCAAAACCAGAUGGAUCAGUCGUGUGAGCACUAGUUUAAUCUGAGUGCUGCUGGGCUAAUUGAAGUGGGCUAGUGGAUGUGUUCCUUUCUUUUUCUUAUACAUGUAAGUGAAAGUGUAAUUUUAAAUUGGACCUUGUCUUUCUGUUUCCCUCCACAGAGAAGAGGCAAAAAAAGAACAAAUAGUUUUUGACAGCUGUGAAUUUGGUGAUUUUCUUGGGAGAACCAUUUUCUCUGUAAGAUACAUUUCAUGGGCUGUUUUGGGUGCACCAGGUAGGGACUUGCCAGAAGUAGUGCUAAUUCCAGGAGUAUCAACAGACAGUGGAAAUCUCUGUUCAGAGCUUCCAGCAAUGGCAGGGAGAUAGCCAUGGUCUGUGUUGACAUAAUCUUUCUGCAGAAUGUGUCCCAUAUUAGCCAAGCUCUAAACAGCAUUAAACACAUUUUCUGCAGCUGCAUAAGAAAGCUGCCCAGAGUGGCUAUUUAUCAAUCUCACUCUGACCCACUCAGACCCAUAUUACCUGUACAGAAAAUUGAUUGGGAGGGGAUAAUUCUUUGCAGCUUCUCAUGAAAGAAACAGUUAAUAAUUUAUCACCAGACUUUGUCUUUAUGGUUGUUUACGAUUCUUCUGCUCGUGACAGCAGGAACAUGUGGGACCCCAGGAAGUACCAGGUCUCUGAGAAUAUUUUGAGAGAUGCUACUGUAGUGAGUGUGAGAGCCCAAAAUGCUGGGUACUUUGUAGCAUGAUUUGUAUCAAGUCUUGGUCUUUAGAACUAGUAGUAAUUAUAAGCUUCAGGACUGAAUUCAGAUCAGACUAGCAGUGACCUCAGCUCCAAACUAGUUUUCAGGGAUAGGGCAGAUCCAGGGUAGGUUUUGAGAAAAUUCACAAGAGCUAACAUAAUUUUAUAACUAUGUGAUGUGAACUCUUCCUUGCUACUGUUGCCAUUAAGGCAGUGAAUGGUUGAAUGAAAGCACAUUUAUAUGAAUCACCGAGCUGACUGCAUUCUGCUUAAGAUUCAGGCUGUAUAAGUUUUAAUGCUCUGCCCAUCUGCUAUGUGUAAAGAUAAUUUUAAUCAUUAAGGCAACCUUUACCUUAAGUUGAUUAAGCUUCUUAUGUUCUUUCUUUUCAGACCCCCCUGACUAUAUCAGUUGCCUUAAUAAAAGAUAGUAUUUCUCAUGACAAACUUAUAUUGACUUAUGAUGGACUGAGGAUAUGACUAAGAACAUUAAGUAGAGAGAAAUAAAAACCUAUUGUUAGGGAAGAAUAAAAAGGAAGGCAUCUUUGAAUAAAGCCUUCUUUAAUAGUUU